UUGUGAACUUGGGUGUCCUUUUGUUUGUCAAAUUUCAAAGGAUAAAUAUAGUCAUGGGGUUAGCAUCAAAACACUAAAUCCAAAGCAUAAGUGUAACCCUGCUUAUGAGAGCAUAAGAGUUGACUACCAUACAGUAGCACAGUAUUUUAAGAACAAACUCCAGGAGAAUCCAAAAAUUACGGUUAAAGAGAUGAGGAAAGGGCUGGAUACUACAUUCAACAUCAAUGUUAGUCAUUUAAAAUGUAAGAGGGCAAAGAGGAUGAUUCUAGAGAGUCUUGAUGGUAGUUUUGUUGAUGAGUAUAACAAACUAGAGGCAUAUGCAAGUGAAUUAAGACUGAGCAAUCCGAAGAAGUGAUGUGGUCAUUAACAUAUCAAAGAAUGCACUUGAGGAAGGAGAGAAGAUUCUCAAGGAUGUAUGUUUGUUUUGAUGCUUUGAAGAAGGGUUUUAAGAGUGGAUUGAGGCCCUUUAUUGGCCUGGAUGGAACAUUCUUAAAAGGAAAAGUCAAAGGUCAACUCUUAGUUGCUGCUGCUCUAGAUACAUCAAAACAUUUUUAUCCCAUAGCUUGGGCUGUUGUGGAUAAAGAAACAAAGGUCACAUGGAGCUGGUUCUUGACAUUGCUAGAAAGAUCUUUAGACCUCAAGAAAGGUGAAGGUAUCACAUUCAUGUCAGACAUGCAGAAGGGCUUAAUUGGGGCACUGUUGAAUAUUCUUCCCGAAGCACACCACAGAUAUUGUGUGAGGCACAUAGAGGCUAAUUGGUGCAAGAAUUGGGGUGCUGGGGAGUUGAAGAAACACCUUUGGUGGUGUUCAUGGUGUACUUACCAAGAAGAGUUUCAAGACCAUUUGACUAUGAUGGGGGAGGAGAAUAAAGAAGCUGGUGAGGACUUGUUGAAUAGGUACCCAGCUGAGUCAUGGUGCAGGGCAUACUUUGACACAGUGUGCAAGAAUUGGCAAGUGGAGAACAAUCUUGUAGAGUCAUUCAAUAAAUGGGUGUUGGACGCUCGGUUCAAGCCCAUUAUAAAGAUGUUGGAGGACAUAAGAGUUAAGGUGAUGACUAUGUUGGGUGAACAUGAAUCUGAUGUGAUGAACUGGACAGGAGAAUUCAGUCCUCAAACCAUGCUCUUGUAUAACCAAUUUCUGAAGAUUGCACAAAAGUGUACUGUUUACUUCAAUGGGGAUGAUGGAUAUGAGGUGGCUCAUGGUGUGGAUAGGCAUAGGGUGAACAUAGAACUCAAAAGAUGCACUUGCAGGACAUGGGACCUUACAGAUCCCAUGCCCUCAUGCACAAGUGGCCUCUAUGCCGGGAAGAUCAACCCUUUGACUCGGAUUCCGGUGGUAGCUAAAGGAAAGCAAUCAAAUGGUGGAAGGAAGACAAAGAAGAGGACCAGAUCCUUGAUUGAUGAAGAUGAUGAAGGUUUGGCCAGAAGUCCACUCUUUAUGUGGCUCACACUUGAGGAAGAGCUUGAAUUGACAAGACUGCACUACUCAAACAAGUCAAGCAAGCGAAGAAACAAAGACUUCCAAGUCGAGCAAGAAGAGUACAAGUGA